AUGGACGGACACAUCAAAAAAACAGCCAGCAUGGCUACGGCAACUGCAAUAUCCAUUGGACUGGCGUCCCCUCACCCGACGGCUCUUGUGGCUAUCCCAACUUGUACAACUGCACCAACUCAGGCUUUGGUUCCUGCUGCUCAUCUGCCAACUGGUGCGGAGACUCGCCUGGACACUGCGGUGCCGGCUGCAAACCUCUUUUCGGCAUCUGCACUGAGUUUAACGUCAGUCCUGACGGCUCGUGCGGCCCUGCAAACGGUGACAAGACUUGCGCUGGGUCCGGCUUUGGCGACUGCUGCACGUCGGGAGGCUGAUGCGGCAACAUCACUGAUCGCUGCGCGGCCGGUUGUCAGUCUGGCUUUGGGACUUGUGAUGCUGGGACAGGAAAUAUUUCCACCGACGGUCAAUGCGGUGCCAAUGGCAAGACCUGCACUGAUUCUGGCUUUGGAGACUGUUGUUCGGCAGGAGGAUGGUGUGGCGGUACCAGUGAUCACUGUGGUGCAGGUUGUCAGUGUGGUUUUGGCACAUAUAACGGCGGGAGCGGUUCCAUCUCGGAUGACGGGGAGUGUGGGACAAGGAAUGGUAGAACUUGUACGGGCUCUGGCUUUGGAAACUGCUGCUCUCGGAAUGGCUUCUGUGGUUGCACGACGGAACACUGCAGUGCUGGUUGCCAGAGCGGCUUCGGGACCUGUUCCAGUGGCAGUAAUUCGAUCUCGACGGAUGGGGAGUGCGGUACCAGAAACGGCAAAACCUGCACUGGAUCCGGAUUUGGAAACUGCUGUUCGCCGUCUGGUAAUUGCGGUGGAACAACGGACCACUGUGGCGUUGGCUGCCAGCCCAGCUUUGGCACUUGCUCAAGUGGAAGCGGGAGCAUUUCGACUGAUGGAAAAUGCGGCUCCAAUUGAAAGACGUGUGUGGGAUCGGCGUUUGGGAACUGUUGUUCAGCCACUGGGAAUUGUGGCGGAACUGCUAAUCACUACGGUCAAGGAUGGUAAGCUACCUAACAUUCCAGGUUCUUGUUCUCUUGAUAUGUUGUGUGCCCGACAGACAAUGACAAUAGCCAGAAGACCUUCUCGAGUGCCUGUCUUACCAGCAAAAUACCCUCUGUUGAUGGCAGCUGUGGCCCAAGUAAGGGCGGGUGGACAUGCAACGGUGGCGACUUCAAGAAUCAAUGCUGCAGCGCUGGUGACUUCUGCGGGACAACGAGUGCGCACUGCAGCACUGGGUGUCAGAGAGGAUACGGUCGAUGCAGCUGAAGAAGUUGUUUCUUUGGUGAGUCUAUAA